AUGGGAGUGCCGGGCGUAAAUGGUGGUGGUACGGGACGGGAUGGGGAUUUGGCGGAUGAGCAUGAACCUCAGCCGUGGUGGUAUGCGAGUUCGAGAAAGAAGAGGGAGAGGAAGGAUGAGGAGGAGGCGGCGGGUGAUCACCCCGAUCACGACGACCAGGAAGAUGAUAACGAAGUACGACCACCCACUCCAGGACAUGCGUACGUGAAAAAGAGAAAUCAGAGAUGGGUCAAGUUCCGGCUUUGGUUGGCAAAGGCACUUUACGCACGACACUCCCACCACGCCAAAUUCGCGUUCAAGAUGGCGUUUGGACUCGGUCUACUAGGUCUUUCCGCAUGGUUACCCUCUUCGCAGUCAUGGUAUAUCCAUCACCGCGGGACAUGGAUGAUCAUCUCUUUCUUCUAUACGUUGGAGGGAUCGACUGGGGCUACGGUACGUGUGUGUACACUCCGCAUGAUUGGAACGACGGCGGGUGCGAUUUAUGCUUGGAUCGCGGUAAUGAUAUCGCAGAAUCAUCCCGAGGCCUUGGCGUUUUUCGUUGCCUUGGCAGCGAUACCGAUGAGCUGGUUCAUCAUGCGGACGGCGUACCAAGGUAUCGGUGUCGUUUCCGCUAUCACCCUUCCUCCAAUUCUGUUUCUGCCAUAUCUUGGGGUGGUUGAAUUCACGCCCGGUCAAGUCGCAUUGGUGGCGUUGUAUCGUGGGUACCAAAUCGCGUUGGGUAUCAUGGCUUCGUUGACGAUUAACCUGUUCUUCUGGCCGUACCAUGCGAGAAGUCACUUGAUCUCGACAUUGAGUCAAAGUAUUGAGGAUAUGUCACGGUACUACCUCUCUAUCUCCCGUCAAAACCUGAAGCACGGCGUGGCACCUACCGCACCGACCGCGGAGAAGUUGAAGAGUUUCCAGAGGGUCGAGGAGUGGUGUCAGGAGGGAAUCACGCAUACCCGCGCGCUUCUGGGACUCGUGCAGUUGGAGUUACGGUUGUUGCCGUUGCCGAUCGCGACGUAUAAGGAGAUUAUCCCGAAGCUGCAGAUCAUCUUUGAUUCCUUCACCAGCAUUCGGCGAAUUAGGGAACACCUCGUCGGUGAAGUCCGCAAAGAAGUCGUUUCCCUCGUCCUCGAACAGAGAAAAGAUCUGGUCUCCUCGGUCUUGCUCAACCUCUUCGCAUGUUCGAAGGCGUUACAGUCACGUUCGCCUAUGCCCCAGUUCCUGCCGAGCCCGUUACAGGCGCAAGAGAGGCUGUUACAGACGAUCAAGACACACCUACGACAACAAUUCAACCGAUUCGAUUUCCAGUAUCUCUACUUCUUUGCCGAAGCUGAAGCCCUACGGACGGCAUGUGCGGCGAUUGAGGAGUUGGUGGUGUGCGUGAAGGAAGUCGUCGGUGAAAGUGCCUUUUUGAGUUUAGGGAUGGUUCCUGGUGCUGGGCCGAGUGGGAUGAUGUCGCCGUAUGGGAGGACGCCGGUGAAUAGUGGGAGGGGGACGCCGAAGAUUAUGGUUACGGGGCCUGUGACGCCGGAGGAGGGGGAGGUGCUGGAUACGUAUGCUGAUGGGAGGAAGAGGGCGAAUAGUUUGUGA